AUGGAGACCGCCCGCCCGUGUCCGCCCCGUGUCCUUCCACCAGUACCAAGUGAAAAUCAGGAUGAAAUUCCUCUUGGUCGGUCCAAAAGGAAAAAGGCUAAGGGGACAAAUUCGUUAGGUAGUAUUGUUCAAACUGCUGUUCGUCGGCCAUUUGAAAGCAGUGACCCUCUGACUUCAGAGGGCCCAGGCAUUGCCCCUCAGAGGAAACGCAAGAAAAAGAAGAUGCCUCCAGAAUUGGAGAGCUGUUUCACCAAACAGUAUGGAAACGGUUUGGAUUCUCAUCCGGUUGAAGAGAUUCUAACCCGUAAACAUUGGAAAAAAGUCAGGAAAACUCGGCCUGCAGAAAAUUCCAACGAAUUAGGUGUGGAGGAAGAGGAUAUAAUUGAAGAGGACCAAGUCAAAACCUCCGAACCACAUCCUGUUUUUUUUGCUCCAGUCGGUGUUAGCCAGCCUGUCAGCAAGGUGUUUGUAGAAAAAAAUCGGCGUUUCCAGGCAGCUGACCGCAAUGAUUUGAUCAAAACCACCGAAAACAUCAAUGUGUUUUUGGACGUGAAGGCUUCUUGGACUACCAGGGAUGUGGCACUCUCGGUUCACCGGGGUUUUAGAGUGGUUGGACUUUUCACUCACGGCUUCCUUGCUGGCUAUGCCAUCUGGAACAUCAUCGUGAUUUAUGUCCUGGCAGGGAACCAGCUGUCUACUCCCUCUAACUUGCUAGAGCAAUACAAGACAUUGGCUUACCCUGCUCAGAGUCUCCUUUACCUUCUGCUCACCAUUUGCACCGUUUCAGCCUUCGACCGGAUUGACUUGGCUAAAGCACCAGUAGCUGUGCGGGGCUUCCUGACCCUGAACCCAGCAGCAGUCGCCUCUUUCAUGUACUUCGCUGCUCUCAUCUUGUCACUGAGCCAGCAGAUGACAGGCGACAGAAUCAACCUCUACACGCCACCUUCAGAGAACGGCAGCCUCUGGACCUCAGGUAGAGAGGAAGAGAUUCUUCAGCCCUGGAUGGUGGUCAAUCUAGUAAUAGCGCUCCUUGUUGGUGUCUCCUGGCUUUUCUUGUCUUACCGGCCUCAGCUAGAUUACAGUGAAGAACUGUUUAAUGCUGAAAUCGAAGACUACCCUCCUCUAGAUAAAGAACCCCAAGUCGCUUAAUGAUACAGAGAACCUCUUCAAAAACUAAAGCUAUGACGGCU